CAGCUAGAUAUAUGAUCAUGUUUGCUCCACGUGUUUUUGGUGUAUAGCCAAUAGGCGAUCUGAACUUUGAGUAGCAGGAGUAUGAUCUCUGAAUUAUCGAGCUAGCUUUCAUAUCUGAUUAAUGCUAGUGGUUGCAAUGCGUCUACCAGCUUUGGAGUGAUGAGCUCGCGCCGAAUUUGAUAUACUACUAGCUAAGCAACGGCGGCGGCGGCGGCGGAGACGGCGAUGAUCUCGUCGGUUAGCCUCGUCGGCGGCAACAUCACCCGCUGCAUCGUCACCUGCGUCUUCGCCGCAGGCGUGCAAGCCGGUGCGAUCAUUGGCGCCAUCGUCGGCGUCUUGGCGGGCUUCGCGAACGAGGACGGGAUGGUUCAGGGGACGCUGAUCGGGGCGAUCUCCGGAGCUUUCAUCGCCAUGGAGGUCGUCGACUCGCUCGCCAAGAUAUGGUGCUGCGACGAGUACUCCGUCGCCACUCGAGCUCGCCUCAUGACUAACCGAGCUCGAUCCUGGCUAGCUCAGCUUCUUGUGUUCUGGAAUCUCUUGAUCGAUCGCCUCGCCGUGCGCACCUCCGUGUUCCCUACCUUAACAACGGUGUUGGAUAGCCAGCUGAAUGCUAUGCCGUCGCGCCAUGGUCGAGCAGAGAUGAACGGCGGCGACCUGUUCGACCGGAGCCACCCGGUGGCGGGCAUGCGGCGGGCCGCCGUCGACGAGCUUCCGGUGAUCAAGCUCACGCCGUCGCAGACGGACGCCACCAGCUGCCCCAUCUGCCUUCACGAUUUCAAGGCCGGCGAGAGCGCCAGGAGAUUGCCGGCGUGCUGCCACAUCUUCCAUCUGGCGUGCAUCGACAACUGGCUCCUCUGGCAUGCCCAGUGCCCGAUGUGCCGCCGUGCUGUCUACUGAAAUGCAGAGGUGUACAGGUAUACAGACGAACAGCCAUCGUUGCCAGCAUGUUGGAAAGUUCCAGGAAAGCCUGGAGCAGGGUUCGCAAAGCUGGCAAAAGCCCAUCGGUUUUCAUGGUCUUUUAAUGUGGUUUGAAAUCGAUUUCCGGUUAGAAUUUCAAAUGUUUUUUUUUGACAAAUUCAGAUGUCAAACAGUAAAUUGAGUCAAAAUUUGUCAAAGGAACAACCGAAAUUUGUCAAAAACUGUGAUACCGGCACAGCUCAAGAUCAGUGGUCAAUUCAUAAUGUAAACCUGACCUGGAGACCAUUUGUUCCACAAGGUAUCUAACAGAGAUUAAUUUAUGCGAAGAGAAAUCCUUGAACUUCAAAAAAGAAAAGAA